AUGCAAUUGAAAAAUCCAAGUGGUAAAAAAGAGCCAAUCUAUUUAAAAGUAUUGGCAUGGUAUGAAAGAACUCGUAAUUGGACAAAUAAUACCGAUGAAGACAAUAGUUAUAUCAUCUGGUCUAACAGUGACAACACAAAAGUACCUACUGAUUAUCCACAACUUCGAGAACAACAUUUGCGAAUUCUUGUCAUUGAAGCACCUCCAUUCGUUAUAGUACACAAUUCUUCGGCUCACCACCCAGUCUCAGAGAGUGCCAAAAAUUUUGAACGAAUCAGAUAUCGUUUUGAUCCUCUGACAACUAAAGAUCCAGAAGUUCUUAUUUACGGAUUUGUUGCUGAUUUCAUUCGUGAACUUGAAGCACAUAUGCAUUUUACUUACACAAUUAAUGUAGCUGAUCCAUCAACGCCUUAUCAUUCUCUUGUGGCAUUAUUAGCAGAAGAUAAUCGCCAAUAUGAUAUUAUUUUAUCAAAUAUUGCAGCCACUUCAGAUCGUAUGCUUAAGGUUGAUUUUUCAACACCCUUUCGUGAAGAUACAUUUCGAAUCAUUACUCGACUAAAGCCAUAUUCUUCAUCGUUGAGUCUUUUCUCAUGUUUUAACCCAUUUACUUGGGAUGUAUGGGCAGCAAUAUUUGCAGUUAUGAUUUAUUCAAACAUUUUCUUUUUCUUCGCACCUUUUGAUCGAACAAGUGCACUUUGGAGUGUUGCGUAUUUACCUAAUACAUCUAGAGAAGCUAAAGGUGCUGGCACAAUGGCGAAUGAUGAAAUAGAUCAAAUUUUGAAUGAAACUAAAGAACGUACAAACGUUUAUGAUGAACAAAUGUCUACGUUGCUUAAAGAAACAAUACGUGACAGUGUCACCAUUUUCAAUGCGAAAGAUAUGGUUCCCUUUCGAAAUCAUGGUUUAGUUAUUGUUAUUGAUGGUGCACAACAUGCAAUGAGUUCAUUUGCUGGUAAUGGAGCACAUAUGGCUAUUAUGAAUGGUUAUCAACUUGCUCAUCAACGGGUUCUUGCCGAAGAUUUAAAUUCAGCAAUUAAAUUUUAUAAUGAUUUAAGUAUUCCAAGAUCACCAGCAACCAUUAAUAUGAGUCAUCGAAGUAUUACUAUUGGACAUUUACAAGAAAUUUAG